CAUAGCAGAGAGAAAGCCAUGCGAAGGUUUCUCUUCAAUGUAGCAAGAAAAUUCGAGAAGGCACAUCAUUCUCAUGCAUUUCCUUCAAACCUGGCAUAUAGCAGUAACACUAGUUUUGAUCAAACUAAUAUUAGCAUUGGACGUAGUAAUUUCAUGUGCGUAACUACCAUCAAUUCCCUUGUCCAUGGUGAAACCAAUACAGAGUUGGAGUUAUUUGAAGCAUCCAGAAUGUUCAAUUCUGGGACUAAACCAAAUGCAUAUGCUCUUGCUAACCUAGUAAGAGUUACUACUGACCUAGGCUCCUAUUCAUUUGGACAACAGCUCCACAGUUACAUUCUAUGUUCGGGGCAUUUUUCCCGCGUCUAUGUCUCCGCCUCACUCAUCAGAUUCUACGUGAAAAUGCACUUACUUGCUUAUGCUCACAAGGUGUUUGAUGAAACUCCUCAACCAAACGCUGUUUCUUGGAACACUUUGAUUUCCGGUUAUGUCCAAGCUGGCCAGUUUCUGAGAGCCUUGUGUUUGUUCAGGUGCUUAGGAAGGUCCGAGGUUUGUGCUGACGCGUUCUCUUUUACGUCUGCUCUCGCUGCUUGCGGCCACCUGAGCCUGUUCAUAUUGGGAAGGUCAAUUCAUUCUGUGAUUGUCAAAUUGGGCAUGCUUGAUGGCACUGUUGUUGCAAACUGCUUGAUUGACAUGUAUGGUAAAUGUGGGUUAGUUGAGGAUGGUGUCUGGGUUUUCUCUGAGAUUGUUGACAAGGACGUUAUUUCUUGGAAUUCAGUUAUAGCAGCAACUGCAAACAACGGAAACAUUCAACUUGCAUACAGGUUUUUGCACCUUAUGCCCAACCCUGAUACCAUUUCCUAUAAUGGGUUGAUAAACGGCAUUGCUCAUGUGGGGAAUAUAGAAGAUGCUGUUCAGAUUUUGUUAACUAUGCCAACUCCGAAUUCAUCUUCUUGGAACUCCAUAAUUACAGGGUUUGUUAAUAGGAAUCGAGCUAGAGAGGCUUUGGAUAUAUUCAGCAGAAUGCACUCAAGAAACGUGCAGAUGGAUGAGUUUACAUUUUCAAUCAUCUUAAAUGGACUUGCUAGUAUUGCAGCCUUAACGUGGGGAAUGUUGAUCCAUUGUUGUGCUAUGAAGUGUGGCUUAGAUACAUCUGUAGUGGUUGGAAGUGCAUUAAUUGAUAUGUACUCAAAAUGUGGGCAAGUGAAGCAUGCCGAAUCGAUCUUCCAUGAACUGCCUAACAGGAAUCUGAUAAGCUGGAACACUAUGAUGUAUGGCUAUGCUCGCAAUGGUGAUUCUGUACAGGUUAUUGAACUCUUUAAGAUGCUGAAAAUGGAAGGAGAUAUAAAACCGGAUCGCAUCACAUUUCUUAACCUUUUAUCAGCAUGUUCCCAUAACCAAAUUCCCAUUAAAGUUGCUAUUCAUUUCUUUGAAUCUAUGAUAAACGACCAUGGGAUCACACCAUCUGUUGAGCAUUGUUGUUCAAUGAUACGGCUGAUGGGUCAAAAAGGAGAGUUGUGGAGAGCAGAGAGGAUGAUACAUGAACUUGGUUUUGAGUCUCAAGGAUUAGUUUGGAGGGCUUUGCUUGGUGCUUGUGGAACACAGAGAGAUAUACAAGUAGCAGAAACUGCAGGUGCUAAGGUGAUUGAAUUGGAGAGAGAUGAAGAUUACGUUUAUGUGAAGUUGUCUAACAUGUAUGCAUCUUUAGGAAGAUGGGAAGAUGUGGAUGCAAUUAGGGGUCUCAUGAGUAAAAAACAAGUGCGCAAAGAAGCAGGUUCUAGUUGGAUAGAAGUUGAGUCUUGUAACACAUGAAUCCACAUCACAGGAAGGUAUCUUUCGGAUUUUCAGAAUAGUGAGGCUGUUUUACCCAGCCCUAAAUAUGGAUAUCUUUGUUCGGUGAUCUAGAAGAAAAAGUUGAGUUUGUCUUCAAGUGGGGCUCUCGUAGGAUGAUUAAUGAAAGCAUAGCAAAAGUAAAGAAAAUAAGACAUUGGAGGAUGCAAGAUGGUGUUUUAGGAAUGGCAAUGCAAGAGCAGGAAAUAGUAAAAUACAGUAGAACUUCAAUAUUGAAAAAAUUAAUCUUCCUGGGUACCCAACUCACCAUACUUUCUAAUACAAUCUCUCCCUUAACGCUUUGUUAUAUAGAUUAGAAUCAACAAGAGAAACAACUGGAAGAUGAACGAUCGUGUAUUCAACUUAAUUGAAAAAAGCACG